AUGGAUUCCCUCUCAUAUCUUGAUUAUCAAGAGAACGAUAAAUUCAAAUCCAAGUCCACCACUUCCAACUUAAAGUCACAUCGCAAGACUACAUCGGCACUUCUAAAGAACGCUGAGGCUGCUCUUACACCAAUCAAGUCAACAUCUGCCUUCACCUCAUCCACCACACCAAUCAAGUCAUUUGCCACCACCGACAACGUCAACACCAACAGCGCCACCAAAGUGACCACAUUGAGCCCCAAGUCAUCAAGAUAUACCAUUGCCUUCACACCUACAAAGACAACCACCUACACUGCCGGCCCAGCCACAUCAACAAUGUUGUCUGUUUCCAGCUACCAACAAUCUACCGCCAGUCCAAUGGCACCACAGGCAACCUCAGGCAAGUCCUUCUUCUCAACUCCAAUCAAAGGUGACAAGAAGUUGAAGAAGAAGCAAUUGGAGAAGGAGUACCAGUUGAUGCAAGACAAGAUGAGAAUCAUGGAAAAGAUCCGUGUUGAUAAUGAUUCGGAUAUUGAGCGCAUGAAGGUCAGCCUCAUUGAUACACUGACCGACAAUGAUCGUCUGCAGAGACGUGUGUCAGAGUUGGAGGAGAUGAUCGAGGCCAUGAAGUCAGAGUUGGGCAAGGGCUCCUACAACGCCUGGAAGGGCUACUGCUCCCUACAAGACUCUCCACCCGGUGUCUCCACCAGGAACAACAAGAAGCGUACCAUCAACGCUUCAAUUAGCACGGACAACUGUUAA